GGGGAAAAUAACAAGAGGAGAGAGAGGGAGAAGAAAGUAACAAGAGGAGGGAACCAGCAACUCCCUCCAACCCCUAGUCCCCUACUGCAUCGCUCCUUCAGCAAUAGCAGCACUACGUGAAGGUGCAGGGACGCCAUGAAGGAGUUCUCGUACGAGGAGGUGGAGGCGGCGACGGGCGGGUUCGCGGCCAAGAACCUCGUGGGGAAGGGCAGCCAUGGCAGCGUCUACAAGGCCAGGCUGUGGGGAUGGGGAGGCGGCAGGGCGGCCGUCGUCGCUGUCAAGCGGCCGUCGCACGCGCAGGGGGCGGCCAAGCUCGCCAACGAGAUCGCCGUGCUCUCCGCCGCGCCGCGCCACCCGGGCGUCGUCGCCUUCGUCGGGGUCGCAGCCCACCAGCCGGCGCCGGCGGCCGCGAGUGAGGGGGCGAAGGGGGUGUCGGCGCCGCAGCAGCAGCUGCUGCUCGUCAUGGAGUACGUGCCCAACGGGUCGCUGCACGACCUGCUGCACCGGGCGCCGAAGCCGCCGCCGUGGCCGCGCCGCGUGGAGAUCGCGUUGGACGUGGCGCGCGCCGUGCAGGCGCUGCACGCCGCGGCGCCGCGCGUCAUCAUCCACCGGGACGUCAAGUCCGCCAACGUCCUUCUCGGCCGCGACGGCCGCGCUCGGCUCGCCGACUUCAGCCUCGCCGUCAGGGUCGCCGCUACCGCCCCCAAGAAGGCGGAGGACGACGACGACGACGACGAAGGCUCGGCGGGGCCUGCGCCGGCGGGCACGAUCGGGUACCUGGACCCGUGCUACACGGAGCCCGGGCGUCUGGGCCCGGAGAGCGACGUGUUCAGCUUCGGCGUGGUGCUCCUGGAGCUCGUGAGCGGGCGCAAGGUGAUGGACGUGAACUCCUGCCCGUCGUCCAUCGUCGCCUGGGCCGCGCCGCUGAUCGCCGCCGGGCGGGCGCGGGAGGUGCUGGACGCCAGGGUGGCCGCGCCGCGCGCCGCGCGUGCCGAGGGCGCCGUCGCCCGCGUCCUCGCCGUGGCGGCGCGGUGCGUGUCGGAGAGCGUGGAGCGGCGGCCGCCCAUGGCCGAGGUGGUGUCCGAGCUGCACGGCGCCCUCGAGAGCGCCGGGUGGCGCCAGCGCCGCCGCCGCGGCGUGGUCGAGCGGGCAUGCAGGUGCGUCGCGUCCUGGGGUCAGCGCGUGGGGUGGAGCAAGAGGGCCCUGAGGGCGACCAAGAUCGAGUGCACCGAGCACUCCGACAGCGGCGUCGCGCUCGAUCGCGAGGGCUCGCCGUGCACUCUGCCGCCGCAUCCGAACAACGACACGAUCGGCGCACUCAUCAAAUGAGCCGAAUCGAUCGAAAACCAGACCACAAGUGCUUGUUUCGAGAGCAAAUUGAAUUUCGUUUUCAGUUAGGUGCUAAAUCAUCGAUGUUUUACUAGGACUAGCUACACAUCAAAGACUGUUACUGUCAUAACAGUUAUGAGAUUAAUCUACGACUGCUUUUUUCGGUACGAUCGUUCAGCUGGCGCAGUACACGUCAGUGUCGAGAUAUGAAUGUAGUGAUGUGUAUAAACUCGAUGCACGUUUGAAA